AUGAAGUGGACCCGUCUCCGCUCCUUCCUGCCGUACAUCGCCGCGCAGGGGCGCGAGCAGACCCCCGGCUCGUCCGCCGUCGUGCCGCAGUCCGUCAACAUCACCGACGAGCUCAUCGCCGGCGGCCUCUCCGCACUGCUGCUCCGCCUCUACUUCGAGCGCGACGAGAAGGGCCUCCGCCGCGUUCCCAUCCUCUUCCAGCGGCUCCGCAUCCGCGUCAGCGACAGCCUGCACCCGCUGCACGGGCACAAGGCCGUCUUCCGCAUCGAGUGCGAGUACGCCAAUGGCGCGGCGCGCUGGGUAGUGUACCGCCAGCUCCGCGAAUUUUUUUCUCUGCACACGCAUUAUACACUUUCCAACGCAUAUAAUCGCUAUGUCGAGACGCUGCCGGACUUUCCGCGAGCUGGACUUCCGUACUUCAACUUUCUGAAGGAGCGCGGUAGCGAGUUUACUCGUGCAGACUUUGCUCGAAUGCAACGCGAAGCACUAGAGAAUUACCUCAUUGGUCUCAUGCGUGCAGUGAUGUUCCACCCUACUUCAAACCGUCUGGCAGCUUUCCUGGAAAUUAGCGCGCUCUCAACUGCUCUUGCGCAAUCUGGAGGUGCACAAUACAAGGCCGGCUUCCUCCAGAUAGAGGCUGUCACCAACAAAGGGCCCUUCGGAAAGCGGGGCACUAGCUGGAAGGACAAGAAGAAGCAGAGGUGGUGUGCUGUGCGCGAGAGCUACCUCGUUGUUGUCGAGGAGAUGGGAGAGUUGACUGUGCACGACGUCUUCAUGAUCGACACUGACUUCAUGAUCGAGCGUCCAAAACGCUACUAUCGUCAAGGGUUGAACCUCCUUACUCACCCUGAGGCUACCACCGAGGAAGAGAAGGCAGACAAGCCUGAGAAACACGAGACGGCGAGCAUCACGCCCAUCUUAGAUCCGUCGACAAAUACGAACCCGCUGCUCGGCCCAGAUGAGCAUAAUGACAAGAACCCGAGCGCUGCGAAGGACAAGAAGAAGCAGCACGCUGAUGUCUCGAAGCACACGUUCUACAUCGAGAAUUCGCAGAUGCGGCUGAAGCUGUUCGCUCGUAACGAGCGCCAAAUGCUGCAGUGGAUCGCUGCCCUGGAGCGCGUUGCGCGAGAGUCGCACUACACGGGGAAGAACCGAUUUGACAGUUUUGCGCCUAUUCGACUCAACGUGGCUGCGCAAUGGCUCGUAGACGGCCGCGACUACUUUUGGAAUCUUUCGCGGGCGAUUCUUCUGGCUAAGGAGUCCAUCUACAUUCAUGACUGGUGGCUCUCACCAGAGCUGCAAUUGCGGCGGCCGAAUAUGGAGAAGUAUCGAUUGGACAAUCUCCUCGAGAGGAAAGCGAAGGAAGGCGUGAAGAUCUACGUUAUCUUAUAUCAAGAGGUGUCGAGCCGCACGACUCCGACUGACAGCAAUUACGCUAAGCAAAAGCUCAGUUCAUUGCAUCCGAAUAUCAUGGUGCAGCGGUCGCCCUCUCACUUUCAAACUGGCACCUUCUACUGGGCACAUCACGAGAAGAUGUGUGUCAUUGACCAAGCAAUUGCCUUCAUGGGUGGUCUUGAUGCGUGCUUUGGACGGUGGGACACCCCGCAGCAUGUGCUUGUCGAUGAUCCAGAGACCGGAGACUCCGCAGACAUCAUUUGGCCAGGCAAGGAUUAUAGCAAUCCGCGCGUGACGGACUUCCACACUCUGAGCAAGCCCUUCGAUGACAUGUACGAACGGUCGAAGGUUCCUCGCAUGCCUUGGCACGACGUCUCCAUGCAAAUUGUUGGUCAGCCGGCUCGCGACCUUGCUCGUCAUUUUGUGCAGCGCUGGAAUUAUCUCCUCCGCAUCAAGAACCAUACGCGACCUAUGCCUUCCCUGCUCCCUCCUUCAGAAUUUAAACCAGGGGAGCUCAACACCCUUGGCUUGACCGGCACAUGCGAACUGCAGAUCUGUCGAUCGGCCGGGGUGUGGUCGCUUGGCACGCCGGACAGGAUUGAGUUUUCUAUUCAGAACGCUUAUUUGAAAGCCAUUCAGAUGUCCGAGCACUUCAUCUACAUCGAGAACCAGUUUUUCAUCACCUCAACCGUGGUUAAUGAGGUGAAAAUUGAGAACAAGAUCGGAGACGCGCUGGUCCACAGAAUCAUUCGUGCACACAAGCAACACACUCCUUUCAAAGUAUGCAUCGUCAUCCCCCUUUUGCCCGGGUUCACUUUCCCCGUCGACCAUAGUGAUGCAAGCGCCAUUCGGAUCAUCCUCGAAUGCCAGAAUCGCACCAUCUGCCGAGGACCCAACUCCAUAUUCGCUCGUCUGAGGAAAGAAGGUAUUGACCCCGAUGAUUACAUCUCAUUCUUCUCGCUGCGCAACUGGGCCAAGCUCCGCGGGGACGUUCUGACCACGGAGCAGGUGUACAUUCACGGCAAGGUUUUGAUUGUCGACGACCGCCUCGCUAUUAUCGGCAGUGCGAACAUCAACGAGCGUUCCAUGCGGGGGGAUCGUGACUCCGAGAUUGCGGCGGUCAUCAGAGAUACAGAUAUGAUCGAAUGCACCAUGGCUGGCAAGCCGUUCAAAGUCGGCCGCUUUGCACACAGUCUUCGCGUCCGACUUAUGCGCGAGCACCUUGGUGUAGACGUCGAUGCGAUGUACGAGGAAGAUCUGAUGGCAGCUUCGCCAGUUAAGGCGCCGCACGAGAUUGAGGAGUGGGAUCCGGAGGUCGAGCAGGAGCGCGGUAAAGACCAUGGUGUGACGCAUAUCGGCCAUGGCCAGCGAAGGUCUGGUUUGAAGUCGCUGGCGCGCGAUACUAUUGAUGCGGCUGAGCAAGCUAUACACGGCACUGGAGAUGUCGAAGCCAAGGAUGCAGCCAUGUUACUUCGCAAGACUGGGCUGAAGACCAAGGGCCUAGAUACUAUGGCGUCGGACAAGACGCUCGAAGAGGAACGGCAGACAUUCACGCGAGAAGGCGAGAAGGAGCAUGGGUUCACAAGCUCAGUAGUGCCUACCUUGGAAGAGAAGCUCGUCAUGGAACAAAUCAAGGAAGAGGAGGAGGCGCCGAAACUCAAUCAAAACGGCACCGCAGAUCCUUCACAUGGCGGCGAACGUCAAGAUGGCGGUGCUAAGGCUCAAGAUGGCGGCGCCAAGGCUCAAAACGGCGACGCAGCACCGAAACAGAAUGGCGACGCGAAGAAUGCGACCAAUGGCGAUGCCAGUGACCGUCAAGGCACCGAAGCAAAUGGGACUCUUCGACUCGACCCGCAUGAUGGUCCACCAGCGGCUCACGCCGGGGAUCAGCUGUAUGGUGCGCCAGCUAAUUCAGACCCGAAGCGCGACGAUAGGGUACCAGGCGUUCGCUCUGAUGGAGACGAUACCGAAGACGAGGAGAAGGCUCCUGGCGCGCGGAAGACCAUUCGCAAAAACCUCAGUGCAAAGCUUAGUUCCUCCAAGCAAUGGAUUUUGCCGACACCGGCCCCGCAUGUCGACCCUCAUGGCUUCGAAGACCCGAUAUCUGAUGCCUUUUGGAAGAAAAUCUGGCUAGGUUGUGCGGUUCACAAUACCGAAAUCUACAGAAAGGUCUUCCAUGCUAUCCCGGACGACAUAGUCACAACUUGGAAGCAGUACAAGGAGUUCAUCGUCCACCACGAGCGAUUGAACAGACCGGCCCGCGACCAAUCCGGUCCCGAGCCGGUCGGUCGUGUCCCGUCAGAAACUGGCGAUUCUCUUGGACCUGGGGCAGCUGCAGUAGAUUCAACGGCGGUACACGAAGAGUCUGGUACAACGAAGAGUAGAGACUACGGCGACGGCAAAGAUCCCGGCGCGCCAAUCACUCCUACAAGCGCCGACCCGCCAGCUCAGGACAAGGGGGACAAGGCAAAUAGGACUCGCAAGGCUUCUCGCAGUCCUGAGCCUUUUGAUCAAGCAGAACGAGAAGAAAUGGAACGUUUGCUCCAGGAGCUUCGUGGUCACUUAGUGAUAUACCCGAAUCGUUUCUUGGAAGGAGAAGAUAUUGCGAACAAUUUCUUGUUCAAUGCCGACAGACUCAUGCCGCUGCCUAUUUAUGACUAA